CCGGCCGCCCCCGGCAGCGAUGGCCUCCUCCGCGGCCGCCCUCCUCGGCGCGCAGCCCGGCGCCGCCUUCCUGGCGCCCGCGGGCGGGGCCGGCGCGAGCCCGCGCGCGCCCCGCCCCGCGGCGCCGCGGCCGGCGCCGCGGCGCGCACGGCCGCCCACGAGGGGCCCGGGUCCCCGCAGGUCGGUGCCCUCGUCUUAGCCACGGCCGGCGCCGCGCUUGCGCUGCGGGCCGCGUCGCGCAAGUCCGCGAGGAAGCUCCGCGCCGAGGCGGGGGCGGGGCGCGCCGAGGACCACGUCAACCUCGGCACGGUGGGCCACGUGGACCACGGCAAGACGACCCUGUCGGCGGCGAUCUCGGUGGUGUGCUCGCAGUUCAACACGAGCACGGACACCAAGAUGAAGUCGUACGAGGAGAUCGACAACGCCCCCGAGGAGCGGGCCCGCGGGAUCACGAUCAACGCCUCGCACAUCGAGUACGAGACGCCGACGCGCCACUACUGCCACGUGGACUGCCCUGGCCACGCGGACUACGUCAAGAACAUGAUCACGGGCGCCUGCCAGAUGGACGGCGGCAUCCUCGUGAUCUCGUCUCCCGACGGGCCCAUGGCCCAGACUCGCGAGCACAUCCUGCUCUCAAAGCAGGUGGGCGUGCCCAAGCUCGUCUGCUUCAUGAACAAGGUGGACGUGAUGGACGACGAGGAGCUGCUUGAGCUCGUCGAGCUUGAGACCCGCGAGAUGCUGAGCCAGUACGGCUUCCCUGGCGAUGACGUGCCCUUCGUCCAGGGCUCCGCGCUGCAGGCGCUCGAGGCCAUGAAGGCGAACCCUGGCACCAAGCGCGGCGACGACAAGUGGUGCGACAAGAUCCUGGAGCUCAUGGACACGGUGGACGAGUACAUCGACCUCCCCGAGCGCCAGACCGACAAGCCCUUCCUGCUGGCGGUCGAGGACGUGUUCUCCAUCUCGGGCCGCGGCACGGUGGCUACUGGCCGUGUGGAGCAGGGCGUCGUGAAGAAGGGCGACGAGGUGGAGAUCCUGGGCAGGGGCAAGAAGGCACAGAAGUCCGUCGUCACCGGGAUCAGGAUGUUCAACACCGACCUGCCCGAGGGCCCGGCGGGCUACACCGUCGGCGUGCUGUGCCGCGGCGUGUCGCGCGACGACAUCUCCCGUGGGCAGGUCAUCUGCGCCCCGGGCGCCACCAAGACGCACACCAAGUUCAAGGCCAACAUCUACCUGUCCAGCAAGGACGAGGGGGGCCGCAGCAACCCGAUCAUGCCCGGCUACAUGCCCGUCUUCUAUUUCCGCACGUGCGAUGUCACCGGGAAGAUGGUGACUAUGGCGAGCUCCGAGGGGAACGCGGUGCAGAUGGCGAUGCCUGGCGACGACGUCACGAUCGAGGGCGAGUUGAUCGCCGCCACUCCGAUCGAGACGGGCAUGCGCUUCGCCAUGCGAGAGGGAGGCAAGACCAUCGGCCAGGGUUUGAUCACCGAGGCCACGGCCCCUGGUUACUUCGGGCGGGGCUCCGGAGACGGGCCCGCCGUGUUUCUUGCACUGUGCGCAGGAGAGUCUGGGUGGGAAGACGGCCGGCGUGUGCAGUCGAUCGGGGAGAUGCACCUGGAGCAGGCGAUCGCCGACACGCCGUACGUCACCGCCGUGCGCAAGGCGCUGCAGCACGCGCAGGACGUCGACGCCUCCGCGGCGCUGCUCCGGAGGGGGCGCAAGAAGCUGGCGUCGAUGGAGCUCGAGUUCGCCAUGACGGAGGACAGCGUCAAGGAGCUUCGCAUCAUGCUCGCGCGGGCCAAGGCGGUCGAGGGCACAGAUGCCGUUCACCUCGUGGCCACGGCGGGGUUCACCGCAAAGCUCAGUUCAGAGCUGGAGGGCUCCGAGACUGGGCUCGGCUACGUCGUGGACGCCUACGUGGCCAGCGGGACGUUCAGCAGGGUGUUCCGCGUCCGCGGGGCGCCGCCAGCGGACGCCGGCGGGCCGGCGCCUCGGAAGCGGAGGUGGGGUCGCCUGGGAGCCCGAGCUGGGCAGGAGGCGGAGGGUGCGGAGGAGGGCCGCGUCUACGCCGCGAAAGUGAUGCGCAGGAGCGGCGCCUGCGCUUCGAGUAGGGGAUCGAUCGCAGACCCGAUGUGCCCCAGGCGCUGUUUUCUCUCGCCGGAUCUACGGAACAUGCGCAGAUUGCUCCGUAGAUCAACGGAGCAUUACGUGUUUUUUUCCCUCCGAAGAUUCGAGGAAGCAUCAAUCUUGGGGUGAACCAAUUCUGUCGUCGACAUCCUAUUCGGACAUUCGAAGAAGAGUCCAGCUGCCUGCGGCAGGUCCCGCCACCGUGCCAGCCCGGCGUUUCUAGCGGCUGCUGUUCGAGGGGGCACGAGAGGCCGUCGCGUGCGUUGCCUCAUGACUCCAGGCUUUGGAGAGCCGUGAUGAGGAUGCUGAUGAUACCGAUGAUGCUGCUACUGCUUACACCACCGACGCGCAGAAGGAGGGGAGGAUCCUACAGAGGCUGGAGCAGGUUCAGCGGGAGCGCGGGAAUGACGUGUGUACCAUGAGGUGCUUUGACUCGUUCGCCACGAGGGACGACGCGGGCGAGGAGUAUUGGUGCCUCAUCUUGGAGUGGAUGGAUGCGUCGCUCUACGAUGUCGUGAGGGCCAACGGCAACCGCGGGCUGCACUUGUCCGUGGUCCGGGUGGUGUUGUCGCAGCUCCUGGAGCAGCUCUUCGUACUGCAAGAGCUCGAAUGCACCCACACGGACAUCAAGCACAAGAAUUGUUGCCUCGCAGACACCCGUCACUUCAUGCUUCCCGCUGGAAAGGAUGGCGGUGGAUCGAUGAUCCUGGAGAGACCCCUGGCCAAGCUCAUCGACUACGGCAGCGCGGUCUUUGAGGGCGACGAGAAGACGCACCCCAUCCACACGAAGCAGUUCCGCGCGCCAGAAGGAUCCUCCUGAACGCGGCCCAGGGCUGGGGCCCGCCGAGCGACGUGUGGACGCUGGGCGUCACCGCGGCCUUCCUGCUGUCGGGGCAGCUGCUAUCUCACAGGGCUGCGCCCUUCGCCGCUUCGGCUCUCCCCUGGGCUUAAAUCGGGCCUGUCCCU